CCGUCAUCAAGUUUGCUGUUGCAUGGCAACAAAGACACAUUAGCAGCGCCGCUAGCGAUGCUAGCUUCGCUGCAUCAGUUAACCGGGCAAAUCGCAUUUAAAUUGGACAGGCAUCUAAUCUUCUGACUGGUUGGUAUUGUGUUAAUUCAUGCACGCUAACGUGUUACAGCCAUUAGGGUAUUAAUGCUAACUCAAAAUGGUGGUCGCCACAUUAAGUGAUUGUUACUACACGGUCGUGGUCGUCUCUGCUGCAGGUGAGCAGGCUGCUUUAUGGUGACAAAGAGGACAGGUGCAUCUCUAGUGGCUCGGCUUCCCCUAAAAUGUAAAAAUAAGUGAGCAAGCGAGUGACUGGGGUUUAAAUACAGAAGGGACGCCGCAGCAGGGUGCACAGGUCAUACAAUAAUGGAAAUACGCCGCAGGGCUGUGACGUCAUUACGCACCUCGGAGGCGCGACGCGGCGGCUGAACGCUCUUUCACUUUCAAGUUCUCCAAGGAACAGAAAGUGGGCCGAAAACUUUGCCAGAGUGGAAGAAAAAGAAGAAGAAAAGAAAAAAAAAACCCACAACCAACUCCAACUCUGGGCGCAGUAGCUAAGGAAAGUGACCCCGUGCCAGACCGCAGAUGGCCGGUUUACCGCAGCAUGUCGGGGCGGAGGAAGAGGGGCCGGCGGGAGACCAGACGGACGCCAAACCGGACCGCAAAGGAAGAUUUCUGCUCUUUGGUAAGAAGAAUAAGGAUGGCCAGACGAAGGAGCAGGACUACUCCUCUGAAAGCCAUUACAGAAUUGUUUCACCAACAUUCCAGUAUAAGAUGAGCCACCAACGAGUGGGCAAGUGCAUCAUCAUCAACAACAAAAACUUUGAUGAAAAGACAGGGAUGAAUGUACGCAACGGCACGGACCAAGACGCCGGAGAGCUGUUCAAGUGCUUCAAGAGCCUGGGCUUCGACGUCUUCAUCUACAACGAUCAGACGUGCGGGAAGAUGGAGAGCCUUCUAAGAGAAGCCUCGGAGGAAGACCACAGUGACAGCUCGUGUUUCGCCUGCAUCCUGCUGAGCCACGGCGAGGAGGGCAUGAUCUACGGAACAGACGCCCCCAUGCCCAUCAAGUCCAUGACCUCGCUGUUCAGGGGGGACAUGUGCAAAAGCUUGGUGGGAAAGCCCAAACUCUUCUUCAUCCAGGCUUGCCGGGGUUCCGAAUUUGACGACGGGGUACAGACGGACUCGGGUCCGCCGAACGACACCAUGGAGACGGAUGCUAAUCCGAGACAUAAGAUCCCCGUAGAGGCAGAUUUCCUCUUUGCCUACUCCACCGUCCCAGGUUACUACUCCUGGAGGAACCCUGGGCGCGGCUCCUGGUUCGUCCAGGCGCUCUGCAACGUCCUCAACGAGUUCGGCAAGCAGCUGGAGAUAAUGCAGAUCCUGACCAGGGUCAACUACAUGGUGGCCACCAGCUUCGAGUCCUGGUCCGAGGACCCGCGCUUCAGCGAGAAGAAGCAGAUUCCCUGCGUGGUCUCCAUGCUGACCAAAGAACUGUAUUUCAACUGAGGACGCCAGCCUCACCGACCCGACCCGACCCGACCCGACCCGACGGACCGUUUCAGCUGCCGACUUAGCGUUCAACAAGCAUUCAGGGAUGAUUCAGGCCCAGAUCCACACAUGACAAUUUUACAUGUGUAGUUGGGCCCGAACAAAAAAAAAAAACACGAGCACUCCGUGACGAAAGGAAAAAUAUUAUUAGUAGGCACUCCGCGUUCAUGUGCCGAUGGUGAAUCUUCUUCAGGUUUAUCCUUCGGAGUAAUGGCGUCACAUUUGAUCUGACCUUUUCUCGA